AUGGCAGCUGUAAUCGGUGACUACGUCUCUGAUCCCUCCCGUUUCCAUAACAUGAUUGCCAACCCGGGCAUUCAACACCAACACUCGCACGAUUCUCACUACCGAUCCUCAAGUCGGUCAAGAGACGUCCCUGCACACCACGCGUCUGCGAGCCCGAGAUACCAACAUCCUACGAGCACCCCACCCACGCGUCAAAAGCGCCCCGAACAAGACUCGGCCGAGAAGCCCGCGCCCCCUAGCGCAGGUGCAUCUCGCUUCCCCUCGCCUCCAUCGUCUUCGUCGCCAACAGGUGCCAGGCCCCAGCAUGCUGAUAGCCCCGCAUACAUGGCAACCGAUUCUCGCGAUGCCGGCCAUGCUGGUUCCGUAGUCGCCUCUGAACAGGCUCACCCCGCUCCUAGCCAAGACUCACAACCUCAGCAACCUUCGCCCGCAUCCGAUGGAAAUGGUGUUGCCGGCGCCACAAACUCAUACCCCCUCUCCGAUGCCUCAUCUCCCGUACAGCAACCCCAAGGCCAGACAAUUCACAUUCGCGACUUGGCCCAUAUCCAGAGUCUCGCUAAGGCCGACCUAUUAUCGGGUAAUGGGCCGGGGAUACUGAACGAUCCGCCGCUGCAGGCGAUGAAGUACGAGAUCAGUGCGAUGCCCAUUGGCGACAUCAUUGAAAUGGUCGCUGCCCUUCUCACCAAGAUCACCACCACCAACGACCUGCAGCAUGAUGCUAUGCAGCGCAACGUUGCGCAUCAGCAACAGGCGAGCCAGAACAGCGAGUCAGGCAACGGCUCGCAAAUGAGCCCGUUGAGCACGUCUGUGCUUGCUUUCCAUGGCAAGAACAUCCCUGCUAUCACAAUUCUCAGCUACUUGUCCCGCAUUCACAAAUACUGCCCGACCACCUAUGAGGUCUUUUUGAGUUUGCUAGUCUACUUUGACCGCAUGACGGAGCGAGUCAACGAGAUGGUGGUCAAGCACGAGGAGGCACGGAGAGUGUCUACUUCGCAGUCAACUCCAAAGGCACAGUCGGCCGACGUCGAAAUGCGUGACGAGGACGACGAAACCGACUCGGAUCUUGCCGACGAUGACGAUGCGGACGAACAGAACACCAAGACGAGCGAGAGUACCGGUAGCAUUGUACCUCAGCCGACACCUCCUGGCGCGCCCCCGGCGGCUACGUACUUUGUUGUCGACAGCUUCAAUAUCCAUAGACUGGUCAUUGCGGGCGUAACUUGCGCGAGCAAGUUCUUCUCAGACGUCUUUUACACCAACUCCAGAUACGCCAAGGUCGGUGGUCUUCCGUUAGCCGAACUCAACCAUCUCGAGCUUCAGUUCCUCCUAUUGAACGAUUUCCGCCUAGCGGUUCCCGUCGAAGAUCUCGAGGCGUACGCGACCAUGCUGGUCGAGUUUUACGCGCGGGAAGUGGUGGCACAGCGAUCACGCCCUGCUGCUUGGUCUGCUAUGGCUUGCUGGUACCUUUUACUAGCAUCGCAUCCUGGUAGAAUCAACUUUUAUACGUUUGGCUCGUUGGCACCUCAGAGCUUGGGAGGGAUAUUGGACAUCUACUCAUCCGACUGGGCACCAGAGGCUCGGAGCAGAUUACAAUUCUUGGGCGAACGGUGCCCACCGUUUCGUCAGGGCGUGUUUGGUAUGACGUCGAGCGACCAAUGGACCGAUGACCAAGGAGAAUGGAUCAGUUUUUUUCCUCGAAAUACCCGGAUAGAACGGGCGACUUCAUACGUUGAUCUCAUUACGAGUGGUGGAUUUCGCGCGCGAGCUGUACAUGGGCAACCAGACAGACGAAAGACGGAAGACGGGUUCUACUUUGCGCGGGCAUACUUGGGACAAGGCAUUUGGUGUUCCGAGACUGACAUAGAUGGCGAGCAUAAUGAAAUGCAGUGUCUGUAUGUGGAUGACUCUUAUUAA